AUGGCGGUUCGUAGGCUCGACGUGCGGCGCGCACGUUCUCUCCUAAACACCUGCACCGACGAGGCGCUAAAUCUGAUCCUCGAAAGCGGGCCGCUCGACGGCGAGUCGCUGGAAGCCGACGCACGUCACCUCUUUGACAUCAUUUCGCUCCUUCUCGCACGAAGCGACCCCGCGGCGUGUCCAAAGUUGACGCGAUGUGCUGCAGUGCUCGCCGGCGUGGAGCGUGCGUGGAUUCUCUACCUGGAGCGACGCGAAGCUGACCUGGAUGUCGUACAGCCGCAAGCACUUCGCGGCGUCAGCUUGGGUGCGGAGCCGUCGCUCGCCGCUGCCACAUGCGACCAUCUAACCAAAGACGUGGAGCUGCUGCACCAGCUGUCGAGCGACAGUGCGCUCACGAUGUCGCUCGCUGAUGGUCUACUCGAUGCCUACAUGCCUCGGCUCGUGAGAGAGGCCAAAGGCAACGCGGCCUCCAUUUCCGCCAAAAUUGGCUCCACCGGUGGAGACCCGCUGCGAACCUGUAGCAGGAGCAGCACCGUCGACUGGCCGUUGCCGUGGCUAGUCGCAAACGGGAUUGCAAGCGCGGUCGACUCCGUGGCUGAUUGCAUUCGAACAAUGCCGAUCCUACCAUCUCGCAUGAAGGCGCGCUCCCUCUGGGAAGGCCUCGCAGCGGCCGAGCUGCUCGCCCCACACCUCUCGGCCUUGCAAACGGCGCUGCAGUCGCACGUGGGCCGGCUGGUGUCGCGAGCGCUGUCGGUCGAAGAGCGGCGGGACGUUGCAUGUCUCAAGCAGACUCUGCCAGCAAUGACGGCGACAGGCCGAGAGCCCAUCUUGGGCUCGUGCGCAACGGUGCUCGCCUCUCUGCGGCUGCACGCUACCGACGCUCUCUUCACGCAUCUGCCGGCACUCAAUCAAACGUUGGCAGAUUCGCUCUACGACGCGGUGGCUGCCCUUUCGGCGCACCUCAUCGCCGUCUCAUCAGAUGUCAUCUCGUCAAACCCGGACCGCCGCACCGCAACGCUCCCGACGCGCGUGCUGUGCGCCCUGCUCGCCUCGGCGCGGGGCAUCUCGUGUUUCCUCGACAGCCUCGCCGACUCCCGCCCACAGAUUGCGGCAGUGUCCUCGUUCCAGGCGUCGCGGAGCGAGAUUGCUCGCACAGCAGAGGCGCUGCGCGGCGAGUUGUGCCAGACGCACGCGGGCUUGUGCGUGAUGGGCGCACUCGCGGAAGGGCCGCAGGCACGCGAGGGAGUUUCCGCCAAUCUCCUCCACAUGGCUCUCCUCGUCAGUGGGGCUCGAGCCGAGCUCCGCCAACACGCACCCGGCGAGUGGCGGUCCAUCCUCCUCUGUGUGUUGGGGCGAGCGUUGCUCUCCGUUAUCGGAGCCCGGUGGGUGCACGGGCGGCGCGUGCGGCCGCUCGAUCCGCAACGACAAAAGGCGGACCUCGUCUUUCUUCUCUGCGUGAUCUCGGUCCACUGCCCCGCGGCGAUCGAGCGCUUCGCGUCGCACGGCGACAGCCCUGACGCUGGUGCCGAUGCUGCCGAAAGAGACGGACUCACGGGCGUCGGCCUGUGCCUGCUCUCGUUGCUGGCCCUCUGCGCGCCGGCAGGGCUGGUGGAGCAAGCCCGCGGCUGGCAAGCAGCGGCGGCGGCAGAGGUCGUGGCGGCAGGCUCGCACGAGGGUUGGCCCCUGCUCGCGCGGCGGGCGCUGCAAGACUGCCCCACCUCGCUCGCCGGUGCCGUGAGCAGCUUGACGGCGGUGGGAAGAGCCGAUGCGAGCGCUGGCAGAAGCAGCCCGUCAAAUCCGGAGGUUGACUUUGCGGCGCACGCGUGCCUCGCGGAACACGCGGGGGUCGGCGAGAUCCUCUGGGGGGCGGCGAACGUGCUGCAGAACAAGCUGACGCGGGCCCAGUACCUCGAUGAGGUGACUUGGACCACAAAGAGCUGGCUGGGGCUGCAGAAGCAGCGCAUCUCAGUCGUUCUUCACGCGGCCAUCGCAGAGCAGGUUGUGAAUGAGCUUGCCAGCGGCGAGGGCGGUCGAGUGCACGGAGCUAAGGGCGUGUACCAAAUUAUUGGCGGAUACAAAGCGGUCCUCGAGCUGUAUGGACAGAAGGUCCUCCUCGGCCACUUCAACUCGAAAACGGGGGCGGCGGUGGCCUACGCGCGGGCGGUCGCGGAAGAGGAUUUCCUGCCCUACGCCCGGCCGGUGAGAGAGGCGGCCGUGACGACGCGCAUCUGGACCUUUCCGGCCGCCGGUUCCCUGUUUGGGCAGCCCACCGUACUGACGACGGUCUGCCGCCCGCGCAUCGGCUAUGGGCCUCCAUCGCUGGUCGACGCGCUCCUCUGGGAGGGCGCCCACGCCGCCGGGUGGCGCAUCCGAGACUACCUCGGGGCGUCGGCGUGGCUGUUUGUGAGCCCGCACGGCGAGACGUACCGCAUGUCUGCGGCGCCCGAUGCCGACCACGCAGCCGACGACGCGCUGGCGGGUUUCGAGGCGUGGGCGGAGGCGCGUAAGCAAAGCUUGAAGUACACCUGCCGCUUUUGCGGCGCUGGGAAGCUGCAGCCUGCUACGAAGUGCCCCUGCUACGGUGGCUCUUUGCUCCCGACGGUGCGGAAGCUCGAGGCGACGGAGCUGACGUGGGACCAAGCGCUCGGCCAGUGCGUCCGCAACCCGCUCUGCGUGCGCGGAUUCAAGCACAUGGGCAAGGGAGGCAAGUGCCGCAUCGAGCAGCCGGCCAAGGGGGCGAAGCAAUACUUCGAGGGCGGAGCCUUCGGGUGCGUGCUGCCUGCGAGCCACGCUGGGCCGCACGAGUACGCGCAGCCUGCCAAGCGCGCGCGAAAGAACUCGUGGCGGGCGGCUGAGCAGGAGGGCACUGGCUACUGCUAUCGGUAUCGCCACGCUGUGAGAUUGUCACAUGGCAACUUUUAA